AUGGGGCAAAUGAGCGAGACAAAGGGUUCACUUCUUUUGGCAUGGCAAGUGAGGGGCAAGCAUUGUCUUGUGAUUGGAGCUGGAGAUGUGGCACUUUCUAGGAUACACCAUUUGAUUGUAGCUCAAGCUAGGAUAACGGUCGUGACGGGUGUGACCAAGGAUGUUCAUCCAGAGAUCCUAGAUUUAAAUUCACAAGGUAAGAUUCACAACUUGAUUUUAAGAAACUAUGAAAGUGAAGAUCUACGAAUGUAUGAGGAUACAACACUGAAGUUGGAUUACACAAAAAUUGGCCCGGGAGAUUACGAAGAAGUUUCAUGUCUUAUAAAUGAGACAUUUGCUUGUGUGUGCUGUUGCAUCGAUGACUACGAAUUGAGUACCAAGAUAUAUUAUCAAUGCAAGUUACUUCGCUUACCUGUGAAUAUAGCAGAUAAACCGCCAUUGUGCGAUUUCUACUUUGGAAGCAUGAUUAACCAGGAUAAUUUGCAAAUAAUGAUUAGUACAAACGGAAAAUCACCCCGGUUGUCGAAACUUAUAAAGGACAACAUCGCUAGAGAAUUUGCAGGCGUGGAUGUGAAUAAUGCUAUUGAAAACUUGGGGUUGAUAAGAUCGCGGUUAAGGGAAUUGAUAUUGAUAGAUGACGAUUUAGUCACUAUUGAUACACGUAUGUCUUGGAUCAAGAAUUUAACAGAUUUCUUCACUAUUAGACAGUGGAGCAGCAUAAAACUAACUCCAGAAGGGUCAGACUCAGAGUACAAGCAAGUUGAUAAAAUAGUCAACUGCUUUCCCAAUUACCCUCCUCGUGAAUUUGAUGAGUUUGUAAAAUUUAUAUGUACAUAA